CGCUGUUCGCCGAGCUGCUGGAAGAUGGCGAGCGGCUCGGACGCGCGGCCGCCCUGGCGUGUGGGACGACUGACGCCGCCGCCGCUGUUGUUGCUGCUGCUGCUGCUGCUGCUGCAGAGCUCGGCCCGGGCGGCUCACAUCAAGAAAGCGGAGGCGACGACGACGACCAGCGCUGGCUCCGAAGCGGCCGAGGGCCAGUUCGACCGCUACUACCACGAAGCGGAGCUGGGCGAGGCGCUGGAGGAGGCGGCGGCCGCGGGCCCGCCGGGCCUGACUCGUCUCUUCAGCAUCGGCCGUUCGGUGGAGGGUCGGCCUCUGUGGGUGUUGCGUCUCACGGCGGGCCUGGAACCGUCGGCCGUUCCCGGCGACGCGGGGCUGGACGCGGCGGGGCCGCUCGUACCGGGCCGGCCUCAGGUGAAGCUGGUGGGUAACAUGCACGGCGACGAGACCGUCUCGCGUCAGGUGCUGGUGUACCUGGCCCGGGACUUGGCUUCGGGUUACCGUCGCGGCGACCCGCGCAUCGUCCGCCUGCUCAACACCACCGAUGUGUACUUGCUGCCCAGCCUCAACCCCGACGGCUUCGAGCGCGCCCGCGAGGGCGACUGCGGCCCGCCGGGCUUUGGCGGCCGCGACAACAGCCGAGGCCGCGACCUCAACCGCAGCUUCCCCGACCAGUUCAGCACCGGCGAGCCCCCGGCCCUGGACGAGGUACCCGAGGUGCGUGCCCUCAUCGACUGGAUCCGCAGGAACAAGUUUGUGCUGUCUGGAAAUCUACAUGGAGGCUCGGUUGUAGCAAGUUAUCCUUUUGAUGAUUCUCCAGAACAUAAGCCCACUGGAAUCUAUAGCAAAACCUCAGAUGAUGAAGUCUUUAAAUACUUGGCCAAAGCUUAUGCCUCAAACCAUCCCAUAAUGAAAACUGGUCAGCCAAAUUGUCCAGGAGAGGAAAAUGAGACUUUCGAAGAUGGAAUCACAAAUGGUGCACAUUGGUAUGAUGUUGAAGGUGGUAUGCAAGAUUACAAUUAUGUAUGGGCCAACUGUUUUGAAAUCACAUUAGAAUUGUCUUGUUGCAAGUACCCACCUGCUUCACAUCUUCAUCAGGAAUGGGUGAACAAUCGUGAGUCUUUGAUCACAUUGAUUGAAAAGGUACACAUUGGAAUUAAAGGAUUUGUUAAAGAUUCAGUAACAGGAUCUGGGUUGGAGAAUGCAACCCUCUCAGUGGCUGGUAUUAAUCAUAAUAUCACAACAGGCAGAUUUGGUGAUUUCCACAGAUUACUUGUUCCUGGAAUUUAUAAUCUUACAGCAGUUGCAACUGGGUAUAUGCCACUGACUAUUAACAAUAUAACUGUGAAAGACGGACCUGCCACAGAGGUGGAUUUUUCUCUUAGGCCAACUGUGAGCUCAGCAGUUCCUCACACAACUGAACCUGUGGCAACAGCUAGUACAGUUGCUGUCCCUAAUAUUCCUCCUGGAACAUCAUCUUCCCAACAGCCAGUUCAGCCAAAAGACUUUCGCCACCACCAUUUCCCUGAUAUGGAAAUCUUCUUGCGAAGAUUUGCCAAUGAAUACCCUAAUAUCACUCGUCUGUAUUCAUUGGGAAAAUCUGUAGAGUCUAGAGAACUCUAUGUGAUGGAGAUAUCUGAUAAUCCAGGUGUCCAUGAACCAGGUGAACCAGAAUUUAAGUACAUUGGAAAUAUGCAUGGAAAUGAAGUAGUUGGAAGAGAACUGCUACUGAACCUCAUUGAAUACCUUUGUAAGAACUUCGGAACAGACCCAGAAAUAACUGAUUUAGUUCGUGGCACUAGAAUUCAUCUUAUGCCAUCCAUGAAUCCUGAUGGGUAUGAAAAGUCCCAGGAAGGAGAUUCAGUAAGUGUAGUUGGCAGAAACAACAGCAACAACUUUGAUCUCAACCGGAAUUUCCCAGACCAGUUUGUUCAGAUCACAGAUCCUAUCCAACCAGAAACCAUUGCUGUAAUGAGCUGGUUGAAGGCCUAUCCAUUUGUGCUAUCAGCAAAUCUGCAUGGAGGUUCUUUAGUGGUUAACUACCCUUUUGAUGAUGAUGAACAAGGAGUUGCCAUAUACAGUAAAUCACCAGAUGAUGCUGUGUUUCAACAAAUAGCACUUUCUUAUUCCAAGGAAAAUUCCCAGAUGUUUCAAGGUAGACCGUGCAAGAAUAUGUAUCCUAAUGAAUAUUUUCCUCAUGGAAUAACAAAUGGUGCUAAUUGGUAUAAUGUCCCAGGUGGUAUGCAGGACUGGAACUAUUUACAAACAAAUUGCUUUGAAGUAACCAUUGAACUAGGUUGUGUGAAAUAUCCACUUGAGAAAGAUCUGCCAAGGUUUUGGGAACAGAAUCGAAAAUCUCUAAUCCAGUUCAUAAAACAGGUUCAUCAGGGUGUCAAAGGAUUCGUCCUUGAUGCCACAGAUGGUAGGGGUAUAUUAAACGCCACCAUUAGUGUUGCUGAAAUCAAUCACCCAGUGACUACUUACAAAACUGGAGAUUACUGGCGUCUGUUGGUUCCCGGAACUUAUAGAAUCACAGCAUCUGCUCGAGGGUAUAACCCAGUUACCCAGAAUGUGACUGUCAAGAGGGAAGGUGUGAUUCAGGUCAACUUCACGCUUGUUCGGUCGACAGAUGCAAACAGUGAAUCAAAGAAAGGAAAAGGGGACAGCACGGGCAGUGAUAAUGUCAGCGACCCAACAACUAAGCAGUUUGAAGCGUUAAUCAAAGACCUCUCUGCUGAGAAUGGUUUGGAAGGUUUCAUGUCAAGCUCCUCUUCAAAUUUGGCUCUUUAUCGAUACCAUUCCUACAAAGAUUUAUCAGAGUUUUUGAGAGGACUUGUAAUGAACUACCCACAAAUUACAAAUAUUACCACUUUGGGACAGAGUGCUGAGUAUCGUCACCUUUGGUCCCUUGAAAUCUCCAAUAAGCCCAACAUAUCUGAACCUGAAGAACCAAAGAUUCGUUUUGUUGCUGGUAUCCAUGGAAAUGCUCCAGUUGGAACUGAACUGCUUUUGGCUCUGGCAGAAUUUCUCUGCCUGAACUACAAAAAGAACCCAGUUGUAACCCAAUUGGUCGAUAGGACUAGGAUUGUGAUUGUCCCUUCUCUAAAUCCAGAUGGGCGAGAACGAGCACAAGAAAAAGAUUGCACCUCAAAGGUGGGACAAACAAAUGCCCGUGGAAAAGACCUGGAUACAGAUUUCACAAAUAAUGCCUCCCAACCUGAGACUAAAGCCAUCAUUGAAAACUUGAUUCAAAAACAGGACUUCAGUCUUUCUGUUGCUUUAGAUGGUGGUUCUGUGUUGGUCACAUACCCAUAUGACAAGCCAGUGCAGACAGUGGAAAACAAAGAGACUUUGAAGCAUUUGGCAUCUCUCUAUGCAAAUAACCAUCCAUCGAUGCACAUGGGUCAGCCUAGUUGCCCAAAUAAGUCAGAUGAGAAUAUUCCAGGAGGAGUAAUGCGUGGAGCAGAAUGGCACAGUCACUUGGGCAGCAUGAAGGAUUAUAGUAUCACCUAUGGCCAUUGUCCAGAAAUCACAGUAUAUACAAGCUGCUGCUACUUUCCUAGUGCAGCACAGCUCUCUACCUUGUGGGCAGAAAAUAAAAGGUCUCUUCUUAGCAUGUUGGUGGAGGUUCACAAAGGAGUUCAUGGAUUUGUUAAAGAUAAGACUGGUAAACCAAUCUCUAAAGCAGUCAUUGUACUCAAUGAAGGAAUAAAAGUAUACACAAAAGAGGGAGGUUAUUUCCAUGUACUGUUAGCCCCAGGUGUCCAUAACAUCAAUGCCAUCGCUGAUGGGUACCAGCAACAACAUUCACAGGUAUUUGUACAUCAUGACGCAGCCAGUUCUGUGGUAAUAGUCUUUGAUACAGACAACCGGAUAUUCGGUUUGCCAAGGGAGCUUGUGGUAACUAUAUCAGGAGCCACCAUGUCAGCAUUUAUCCUAACCGCUUGCAUUAUUUGGUGCAUCUGUUCAAUCAAGUCUAACAGACACAAAGAUGGUUUUCAUCGGCUGCGGCAACAUCAUGAUGAGUAUGAAGAUGAAAUUCGCAUGAUGUCAACAGGCUCCAAGAAGUCCCUCCUAAGCCAUGAGUUCCAGGAUGAAACAGACACUGAAGAAGAAACAUUAUAUUCUAGCAAACAUUGAAGACUACAUUUUGCAUGUCUCCCAGCUUAAUUACCAAGCAAAAUGACAGCUCCUUUUGGGAGACACUGCACUGAGAAGAGACUCAUCCUUCAAAAAGUUUUGGGAAGUUCAUUGGUUAAAUUUAUAUUCUAUGUGAAUAUCGCUGGCAGUUUUGAAACUUCCCAUCCUUAAAGUACUCUUAACUUUUUCUAAAAAUCUGAUUUCUAUUUAUGCAGCAGAAAUGGGAAAGCCCCUUUGUUUUCCUUUUAAGAUGAGCUGUUUGGAGCUUAUAUAUUAACAGCAUAAAGCCACCUAGUAGAUGUAUUUUGCACAUCAGGUAUUUGCUAGUGGCUUUAGCUUUUUUUUUUUUUUUUUUUUUCUUCCUCUCCCUCUCUCUCUGUCUUUAUUUUAAAGGCCAAAAGAAUCUACAAACAUUUAGGCAGGGACACCAGUCAGACUCUGACAUAAAGCUUUAAAAACUCGAGCUUUUUCUUAGUCUACUGAGGAGUACUCUUCUAGUUACUAAAUAGCUGGAGUUUCUCUUAUUCAGGUUCAAUGGAGGUUGAAUGAUUUUUAAACAUAUAUGACAUUAGGAAAUAAAUAAAUAAAUAAAUGGGAUCUUGCAUUUGUCUUUCUACCUGUUUCCAGGCUAGAUCAGAACUGGUGGGCUGUGCUCUCAGCAGGAUUUUACUACCUCUCUUGUAAGGUUUUGCAAAGUUCUAAAUAUCUCCAUCUUCAGGGAGAACUCACUGACUUGGCUGUGAAAGUUCCAGCUGUCCACCUGAGUGGAGGUGAGAGGGAGACCUAGCGGAAGCCAACAUUCAUGCCGCCUGUCUUCUAACUUUGUCAAACCCACAGGUGCUGCUGCUUUUAUCUGUGAAGCACUCGUUUAUUCUAGGAAUGUCUCAUUCCUUAUAUUUCCUAAAUUUCAACCUUUUUCUAUGUUGUGCACUUACAGUCUUCAAAAGAUCCAGCCAUCUAGAAGUUCUGAAUUCUGAAAAUAUCUGAAAGUAUGAAAGAGACCUAUUUGCACAUCCUUAAUAUAUUUUAAUCCAAAAAUAUCUACAUUGCUUACUCCAGCCCGAGCUUCACCCUGUAAUAGCUUACUGUUACUAACAUUGCUCAGCCGGACUUAUGCACACAGGCUGCUGCAAGUGAUUUGGUUCUUUGCCCUAAUGUUUUGGUUGACAGUCUUUUUUUUUUUUUAACCAACUAGUUUUGUUAAAAUUUCAGUUAAAAAGUUUUAAAUAUGGCUCCUUCCAUUUAAAAAACAAAAACAGACUGUCAUGUGAUAUAUAACACUGGUGUGAAAAAUGCCAUUUUCACUGCCAGUCAGGCAAAGACCUGAAAGAUUUGCAUUUUAUUGUGUCUAUCUUAUGCUGUUCAGUGGAAAUGAUGCUUUUUGUAAGUAUGAGUCUUACCAAGGAAUGAUGUAAAGGUUUAAUACCUUUGAAUGUUUUAAUAGCCAAGUUGCUGCUGAACUUGUACUAAAUCAGGGGAUCAGAAAACUAGCUCUUUUAAAGUUGCAUUCAUACCCAUCCAUGUAUCAGUCAUUCCAAAGCCUUCUUGUGGGGUUUUACUCAGUUCACCUAGGUACCUCAACCACAUCUUGUGAGGAAUGCAUCCAAAGUGGCUUUUAUAAAAUAGAGGUCUUGUUUAGCAGAAGUAAUGAGAUAAGGAGAUUUGUUAGCAAGUACCUAUGUGGUGGCUUAAGGUAAGCCACUUUAGUGUUAGUCCUAGUAUUAGCAAUUCUAAAUCCUGCCCACAUACACAGAACAGAGUUUGAGGGAUGUUAACAGUUAAUGAAGUACACAUGAUUUAUUUUCCUCUAAUAUUUUAUAUUUCCUUGAGUGAUAUGGUGUGGUGCUCUUUUUCAGAUUUAUUUUUUAAAGUGUAAAGUCAGAAAACCAACAAGGGGCCUGCAACUGAGUGGCUCUGCUUGGAACAUUGCAGCCAGCAAUGAAACCAAGUUUAUGUGACAGCCUUUGCUUUAUUAGUGUGGGUCUCCACCAAAGGAUACCUUUACAUUUACCUCUCUGUUUAUUGAAUUAAACGUGUCUUGAAGAAUACAUCUCAGUGGUUGGAGGCCAUGCCUUUUAAGUAUGUAUAAUGCUUCUUUAGAGAUGAAUAUACAAAUAGUUAUUUUAGUAAUUUUUUUCUCCUGAAACAAAACCCAAAUUCUGCUAUAUUUCUUAAGUCUUGAAUAAACUUUUAAAUAAUCCAUUGAUCUGGAAAACAAGGCCUCCCAGCAUCUGUUAUGUAUGAAGAUGAAUGUACAAGAUCCCUGACUACUAAGUCGGUUCUCAGCCCUGCUCUGUCUUGUCUUUGUGGGUCUAAUCUUGUGUUAGACCACAUUAACAGCAGAAGGCAUUGAAGCCAUAGGGAUGGGAAUCCGUUUCUUCAGUGUUUCUCCUAGAGACUUUCCCUUUCCUUGUAGUCAUGGAGGAAAGUAAGUACCACAGUAUUGAGAAACUUGUCCAAAUCUAAGAUGUGCCUUUCUUUGCUCACAAGGCAUGGUUUUGUCCUGGUGAUCAGUUUGUAAGCCUUCUUCCCUCCCGCUUCUUAAUAAAACAAAGUGAUUGAGUAGGCAAUGUUCAAAGUGUCUGCGUGUGCAAAUGUACUUGUGCUGAUCAUGUAGUAUGGGAAGAGGAGCCCAAGUAAUUCCCAAAGGUUUUGAUGUAUUUGGAAGAACUAUUGGGUGGUGAUGGGAUCCCAUCUGUGUGAAGGAUAUUCGCAGUUCAGAAGAGAAUUCACUUUGGGACUUUGUAAUGUUCCAGAAACAUUGUAUUUUUGCCUCAGUGUGAUUGACUGGUUAAUCUUUGGUAAAUUUCAUCUGAAUGGGAUUUGUUUAAUUAGUGAAUAUUACAUUUAAAACUAAUUAUGAGUGGAAAAAUAAAGGUAAUGCUUAUGUCUGAACUUACUGUGUUUCUGAGCUAACAUCAGGUUACUCAGUAACCAUGACCCACUCUUCCAUUUCCAUUUAUCCUCAGUGUUGAACAGAUUUCUAUUCUGGCUACCAGAAUGCAUUUGUGCCAGGUUUUGUCCCUGCUGUAUUAAAAGCUUCUUGGCUAUGAAUGUUAUAACCGUGUCCUAGGAUUUGGUUCUCUGGUAGAGUUGUUUUAACAGUAGCAACCUAACACUUCCCCUGUAUUUUUGCUUUAUUGUUAUUGCUAAAAAUUCUAUUUAUGUUAGACGUUCGGUGACUUUCUAUCUAGCAACCCUGAUAACUUUAGGUUUGUGAUUUGUUUUUUGGGGGGGGGUCUUUGAGUAAUGUCAACUGAAGGUGAAUUUCUAGUUCAUGAAGAAAACUCUCCCAAUUCUACUUUUGGCAAAAAUUCACUAUUUCACUUGACUUUCAGAAUAUUGUCCUUGUUGGUUUUUUAUAUGACAGAAUACAUUAUGAAAUUUGAAAGUAGGUUCCAUUUUGAGGCAAUUGGAUAAAAAUUAUAUAAACAUACACAAUAAUAAUUUUUAUGAAUGACAUAAUAUGAGUGUUCUAGCUAUAUUCUAUGCUGCAGAUUUUCUGGAGGUAUGACAUAAUGACAUUUUUAUGUUCUUCUCUCCUCUCCAUUUUUUUCAGUCAAUACGCCCCAGCUUCAGAACUCUCUAUAGUUGUAACAUGACAUGCCCAAUGCUCACUCAAGUGUUUUAGUCUUUCACUUAUUUCAUGCACUGUGCCUUCAAAAUGGAAUUUUUAAAGAGACUUUAAAUGAAGUUAAAUAGUUGUUUUAAAAAGCCAAUCUGUGUAAUUUAUGUGAAAUCUAACUGUAAUGAGGUCCUUUGUUUUUUAUAUGUAAACAGAUCUACUAAUCCUGUAUAAAAGUUAUUUUAUUAUGUU